CACGCGCUGUUGUUGUGAUUGACGGACGGGGGAGAGGAGUCAUGUUUAACUUUCGUUUUUGCCUCUUUCGCCGUCGCAAAAUAUGUUUUUUAAGUAAUUAAUUAAACAGCGAUGUCCGAAAUACUGAUGAAAGAAAUGGAGAGUAUCUCGAUCGGUCCAAUGAAGGCAGAGGAGUGUCCCGACGGCGGACGGAGCUUCCUGCUGGUGGACGAGCAAGAAAACGUCCAGGUCCGCGACGAGUCUGAGUUCGUGGACCGACUCGGCUGUGGGGACGUGGCGGGAGUCAAGGUCCUCUCCAUCUUUGGCAACACCGGCGACGGCAAGUCCCACACCCUCAACCACAUCCUGUUCGGCGGUGAGAGCGUGUUCUACACCUCCAAGUCCCCCAGCUCCUGUACGGUGGGAGUGUGGGCCGCCUACGACCCCACCCUCAGCCUGCUCUCCCUGGACACCGAGGGCCUGUUGGGGGCCGCAGCCAAUCAGAACCAGAGGAUGCGGCUGCUGCUGAAGGUGUUGGCGUUGUCUGAUAUAGUAGUCUAUCGUACGCGGGCCGAGCGCCUCCACAACGACAUGUUCCAGUUCCUGAGCAACGCCUCGGGGGCCUACCUGAAGCACUUCACCCCGGAGCUCAGGGCCCUCUCCAACCGCUGUGGUAUGGACGUGCCCCUCUCUUCUCUUGGGCCAGCUAUCAUCAUCUUCCAGGAAACGACGCACACCCAGUUACUCGGUCAUGAUUCUAAGGGGGCCGGCAACGCCGACACGCUGCUCCAGAAGCGUUUCCACGAUCUGGGUUUGGGGACAGAGGCCUUCAACUCGGUGCAGUACGUUGGCACUCAGACCAUCACGCCUCCCACUGACUACAGCAGGCUGCUGGAGGCCGUCAGGCAGCAAGUGAAGAACACUCACACACGCUCCGCCCGCCAGCCCGGGAUAGUGUUUCACGCACUGGAGGCCCUAAGUGAGCGUUUCUGUGGGGAGCUGUCAGACGAUAAGAUGACCCCCCACUCCUUCUUCCCAGACGAGUACUUCACCUGCUCUGCUGUCUGCCUCAGCUGCAACAUUCGCUGUAAAAAUGGAAUGAACCAUCUGAGAGACAGGGUGCCCCACAUGGCAGAUGGACUGUGCCAGUAUGUACACCAGUACAACAACAAGGUCCUUAUCUGUAAGAGGUGCUAUGAAGGAGGAAGAGAAGUGAUUGUUUUGCCCAAAACGUCAGCUUCCACUGACAACCCGUGGUAUGGACUGGCCAAGUACGCCUGGUCAGGCUAUGUGUUGGAGUGCGCUACCUGUGGUGUAAUCUACCGCAGCAGACAGUACUGGAUGGGGAACCAGGACCCUGAGAGUGGCGUGGUGCGAUCUGAGAUCAAGCAUGUCUGGGAGGGGUCGGACACCUUUCUGACCAACCACCAGAACGCUGCCCAGAGGGUCCUGGACGGGAUGAACUACGUGAUCCAGUCGGUGUCGGAGUACAGCACCGGGCCCACCAAGGCUGUCGCCGCCUGGGUCACUGACCAGGUGGCACCGCCAUACUGGAGAACCAACACCGAGAUCACUGCCUGUCACGGCUGUCGGAAAGUGUUCGAGGAGGCGGAGAGGAAGCACCACUGCCGGUCGUGUGGCGAGGGUUUCUGCCACCCCUGCUCCGGCCACAGGAUGCCGGUGCCGGAGAGAGGCUGGGGCAGUGGGCCGGUCCGGGUGUGUAAGGCCUGCUAUCAGCAGGGAGGGCCAGCAGACACCAACAGCCAGGUGAGUAAGGUGGAGCCUCGUGGGCUGAUAGCUCGCAGAGUGACCGAGGUGGCCCAGUCUACACUGGACCUGGUCACCACAGCUGUGGACUACCCUCUCUGUUUUAUGAAAGAUGUGGCUCGGCCGGACUACUGGGUGCCAGACCAGGACAUCACCCAGUGCCACCAGUGCUCCAAAACCUUCACUCCGGUGAUGUCCAAGCACCACUGCAGGGCCUGUGGACAGGGCGUGUGCGGCCCGUGCUCCACUCACGUCAAGCCUGUUCCCUGCCGAGGCUGGGACCACCCGGUGCGAGUGUGUGACGGCUGCCACGCUUCCUCAGAUGAUCCACACACACACAAAAACACAAACCCGCUGUGAAUCCUGCUGCUGCUGCUGCUGCUCCAAGAGGACGAGGAGAAUCGAUUAUGCAGCACUAAAUGGCGUCAGCCUUGUUUUAGCGUGAAGAACGACGGGCUGUUCCGGUCUGGUUUUCUCAGUGCUGACUUAGGAUCAGCUUUCCAUCUCAUCUGCAGCGGCUAUGAGGUAAAAAUCAUCAUAGAUCACCGUCUGACUGGACACAUGUGAUUUUAAUGAAGACAUGCAAACUCCUCUCAGUUCCCGUCAUAACAGCAGAGCUUUUACUCUCAACUGAACUCAACUGUAGUCUCCCUUGUUCCGUCAUUUGUGUUUUCAAUUUGACCAGUUUGUCUGCUGAAAAUGAGAAUAUGACGAGAACAAGUCAAAGGGAGGCACUGGGAAUAGUGGGGGAGAUCUGAACGUUGGGGAUUUUGAAACCGGUCUGUUUGAAAAUCAGAGCAUCGAGCAGGAAAGUAGGGAUUGUGUGAGGUGAUCUUUGUUUCUAUCCUCCCCACAAUCAUCCUCUUGAUGGACGGAGGGAGGAAACUAAAGCAGUUCAGACUCUUUGUGUGUUUCUGUGUUACUCUGGACAGAAAGAUCGACAGUGUGCCUUCAUGGGAAUCUUCAUUCCCAUUUCUAUAGCUCAUAAGAAUAGUUUUCGGGGAUUCUUCAGUGUAAUCUACAGCCUCUUACAGUUGUAUCUACAGUACGGGGAAACGGAUAGGAAGAGAAAACCUUUAGCACAACACAUUAUAGACAUUCCAAUGCAUGGAGAUACCUGUGUACUGAUGUAGAACACUCUGUUGAGCCACUGAUGCGUCAGAAAGCUCUCUUAAUAUAAAGGCUGCACUCGACUGGACUCUUGAGCUCAAAUCACUUGUGUGGUGUUUAUGGAAACAAAAAGAGUUCCUCUGUUUAACAUACUGGAUAAAUGAAUGCAGUUAAUCUCUGUCUAGAAAUAAUCAAGUCAUAUUUUAAAAGAUGCCUUCCAGAGAAAUCUGGAAAUUGACAAUCUUGAUUUUUCUUUCUUAAAUCGGACGUGUCUAAAUAAAGGAAACAAAGGAAGCCUAUGUGUAAAUGUAUCACACGUACUGCCUUCCUCUCUAAUCUCUUCGUAAUAAUCAUUUCAUAGCAUUAGUGUGAAACACAGUAACCACAUGACAACAGAAAGACGAUGUGGCAAUAACAAAGACAACUGCUUGUCACUCAAACAAUGAUCAAUCUGCUAAAUGAGUGAAAACUAUCUGAUGGUGAGGCUGAAAUCUGUAGAUAGAUGUGUGUGUGUUUUCACCCAGCAGGACACAGUUUGUUUUAGCCUGUAUUAGAAAAGACAUGUUCGUAUAUAUCCCAAUCAAUAAUACCUCUGUUUUGCUUUUCUUUAAAGUUGUUAAUGUCAGGGAGUUAUUUAGCUAAUUCUAUGCACAAUUUGGUGAUACUGUACUACGUUCUUUUUGUUUGAUUAUGUUUUCCCAUCAUAAAAACCACCUUUAGCAGCGUUCAUUUCUUAUGUGGCUGCAGGUGGAAGAGACGUUUGUGAACAGCUCGUUCUCGUGUUUUUAUAUAAAAAGCUUAAAAACGAGGCUGGAUCAGUUCUUUCCCAUUUGCAUUAGCAGUAAAUAUGUUCCGUUUGUUGUCAUAUGAGAUGAGAUUAAAGAGUUCCAUGCAAAUUCUA